GGGGAGGGGGCGUCCUCCGCAGUUCGCUCCUUGCUAAGGCUCAGACACACAGCCAGCCCGGAGCCGCCGCUCGGGCCGGGCCGCCGCCGCCGCCGCCGCCGCCUCUGCCUCUGCCGCCCCCAGAACCGCUCGAGUCGCUGGAAGCGCCGCCGCCACAGCCGCGGGCCGCCCCCGCCGCGCCGGCCUGGGCUUGGGCUGCGAGCGCCGCCGCAACCGCAACCAGAGCCGGCGCGGGAGCCCGAGAGCACUGGGCUGGGCUGGGCUGGGGCGGGCGCAGGGCGCAGGGGCGGGAGCACGGGGGAAGACGCACGGGCGGGCUCGGCUCUCCCGGGGAGCGGCCCGGGACUGCACCGGGACCCGCGCCUCCCCGCUCCGCGCUGCCCUCGGCCUCGCCCCGGGCCCGGGCGGAUGAGCCGCGCGCCCGGGGGACAUGGAAGCGCUGACGCUGUGGCUUCUUCCCUGGAUAUGCCAGUGCGUUACGGUGCGGGCCGAUUCCAUCAUCCACAUCGGUGCCAUCUUUGAGGAGAACGCAGCCAAGGACGACAGGGUGUUCCAGUUGGCUGUAUCGGACCUGAGCCUCAAUGAUGACAUCCUGCAGAGCGAGAAGAUCACUUACUCCAUCAAGGUCAUCGAGGCCAACAACCCGUUCCAGGCAGUUCAGGAAGCCUGUGACCUCAUGACCCAGGGAAUUUUGGCCUUGGUCACAUCCACAGGCUGUGCAUCUGCCAACGCCCUGCAGUCCCUCACAGACGCCAUGCACAUCCCACACCUCUUUGUCCAGCGCAACCCUGGGGGUUCACCACGUACUGCCUGCCACCUGAACCCUAGCCCCGAUGGUGAGGCCUACACACUGGCUUCGAGACCACCCGUCCGUCUCAAUGAUGUCACGCUCAGGCUGGUGACAGAACUGCGCUGGCAGAAGUUCGUCAUGUUCUAUGACAGCGAGUAUGAUAUCCGUGGGCUCCAAAGCUUUCUGGACCAGGCCUCUCGGCUGGGCCUUGACGUCUCUUUACAAAAGGUGGACAAGAAUAUCAGUCAUGUGUUCACCAGUCUCUUCACCACCAUGAAGACCGAGGAGCUGAACCGUUACCGGGACACGCUGCGCCGCGCCAUCCUACUGCUUAGCCCACAAGGAGCCCACUCCUUCAUCAAUGAGGCUGUGGAGACCAACCUGGCUUCCAAGGACAGCCACUGGGUCUUUGUGAAUGAGGAAAUCAGUGACCCCGAGAUCCUGGAUCUGGUCCACAGUGCCCUCGGCAGGAUGACCGUGGUCCGGCAAAUCUUUCCAUCUGCGAAGGACAACCAGAAAUGCAUGAGGAAUAACCACCGCAUCUCUUCCCUGCUCUGCGAUCCGCAGGAAGGCUACCUCCAAAUGCUGCAGAUCUCCAAUCUCUACCUGUAUGACAGUGUUCUGAUGCUGGCCAACGCCUUCCAUAGGAAGUUGGAGGACCGGAAAUGGCAUAGUAUGGCAAGCCUUAACUGCAUAAGGAAGUCUACCAAACCAUGGAAUGGAGGGAGGUCCAUGCUAGACACGAUUAAAAAGGGACACAUCACCGGCCUCACAGGAGUUAUGGAGUUUCGGGAAGACAGCUCGAAUCCCUACGUCCAGUUUGAAAUCCUUGGCACAACCUAUAGCGAGACCUUUGGCAAAGACAUGCGCAAGCUGGCAACCUGGGACUCGGAGAAGGGCUUGAAUGGCAGUCUUCAGGAGAGGCCCAUGGGCAGCCGCCUCCAAGGACUGACUCUCAAAGUGGUGACUGUCUUGGAAGAGCCUUUUGUGAUGGUGGCCGAGAACAUCCUUGGUCAGCCCAAGCGUUACAAAGGGUUCUCCAUAGAUGUGCUGGAUGCAUUGGCUAAGGCUCUGGGAUUCAAGUAUGAGAUAUACCAGGCCCCUGAUGGCAGGUAUGGUCACCAGCUCCAUAACACCUCCUGGAACGGGAUGAUUGGGGAGCUCAUUAGCAAGAGAGCAGACUUGGCCAUCUCUGCUAUCACCAUCACCCCAGAGAGGGAGAGUGUUGUGGACUUUAGCAAGCGAUACAUGGACUACUCUGUGGGGAUCCUCAUCAAGAAGCCUGAGGAGAAGAUCAGCAUCUUCUCCCUUUUCGCUCCCUUUGAUUUUGCUGUGUGGGCCUGCAUCGCCGCUGCCAUCCCUGUGGUCGGUGUGCUCAUCUUCGUGUUGAACCGGAUACAGGCUGUGAGGGUUCAGAGCACUGCCCAGCCACGAACCUCUGCCUCUGCCACCCUGCACAGUGCCAUCUGGAUUGUCUAUGGAGCCUUUGUUCAGCAAGGUGGCGAGUCUUCUGUGAACUCUGUGGCCAUGCGCAUUGUCAUGGGAAGCUGGUGGCUCUUCACCCUCAUUGUAUGUUCCUCCUACACAGCCAACCUUGCUGCUUUCCUCACAGUGUCCAGGAUGGACAACCCCAUAAGGACAUUUCAGGACCUGUCCAAGCAACUGGAGAUGUCUUAUGGCACUGUCCGGGAUUCUGCUGUCUAUGAAUAUUUCAGAGCCAAGGGCACCAAUCCCCUGGAGCAGGAUAGCACUUUUGCUGAGCUCUGGCGGACAAUAAGCAAGAAUGGAGGUGCUGACAACUGUGUGUCCAAUCCUUCAGAAGGCAUCAGGAAGGCCAAGAAGGGAAACUACGCCUUUCUGUGGGAUGUGGCCGUGGUGGAGUAUGCAGCCCUGACAGAUGACGACUGCUCAGUGACUGUCAUCGGCAACAGCAUCAGCAGCAAGGGCUAUGGGAUUGCCCUGCAGCACGGCAGCCCCUACAGGGACCUCUUCUCUCAGAGGAUCCUGGAGCUGCAAGAUACAGGGGACCUGGAUGUGCUCAAACAGAAGUGGUGGCCACACACAGGCCGCUGUGACCUUACCAGCCAUUCCAGUGCCCAGGCUGAUGGCAAAUCCCUUAAACUGCACAGCUUCGCUGGGGUCUUCUGCAUUUUGGCCAUUGGCCUCCUUCUCGCUUGCCUCGUGGCUGCUCUCGAGUUAUGGUGGAACAGCAACCGGUGCCACCAGGAGACCCCCAAAGAGGACAAAGAGGUGAAUCUGGAGCAGGUGCACCGGCGCAUAAACAGCCUCAUGGAUGAAGACAUUGCUCACAAGCAAAUUUCCCCAGCAUCCAUUGAGCUCUCUGCCCUAGAGAUGGGGGGCCUGGCUCCAAGCCAAGCUUUGGAGCCCACCCGGGAGUACCAGAACACCCAGCUCUCAGUCAGCACCUUUCUGCCUGAACAAAGCAGCCAUGGCACCAGCCGGACACUGUCAUCAGGGCCUAGCAGCAACCUGCCGCUGCCACUGAGCAGCUCAGCCACCAUGCCCUCUAUCCAGUGCAAACACAGGUCACCCAAUGGGGGACUGUUCCGACAGAGCCCCGUGAAGACCCCCAUCCCUAUGUCCUUUCAGCCUGUGCCUGGAGGUGUCCUUCCAGAGGCUCUAGACACUUCUCAUGGCACCUCCAUUUGACUGUCGCCUGCCCUCCUGCCCGUCUGCCCACCCACCCGACCAGCAGAGCUUUUUAAUACAAGAAAAUGACAACACAGACCAACACACACACACACACACACACACACACACACACACACACACACACAGACUCUUUCAUUUUUCUUGUACAUAAAUGUAAAUAAUGACAGAAUGGAGUGGGGUAAAAGUGUAUUUUGAAUAUUCCCAAUUUUCGAAGUCAGUAAAAAAAAAAAACAAAAAAAAAACAAAAACUGUAUGAAUGACUUUGUAAAUUUUGUUCUAUAUGAAUAAAAAGGCAAAUUACUUGUGA